AACAGCUCAAACGUUAUUUUAGUCUGGUAUGGGCUUAAGCCUUGUCUGAGAAACCGGCAACAAAAGUUUAACAAGCCUGCAAGAGUAAAGUCCAUGUUUGUCCGGGGUGACCGUGGUGGAAGUAACUUCGUCCUGUCUUCUGGAACAUAUCGUCAAAAUCACACCACUACACGCGAAGUAACGAUGAAUUCACACUGUGUGGGUGCAAGUGAUGGACUGAUCUUCUGUCUGGCCAGACCAGAAGAUUACGAUGACGUCAUGGCCAUAUCACAAGACAUAUAUGGUGGCAAUGACUACCUUCCACAUCGCUAUCACUCCUGGAUGACUGAGCCAGGAAGAGUGGUUAUUAUAGCACGGAGAGAUAGGAAGCUGGUGGCGCUAGAGUCAGGCCUGGUGGUUGAUGAAGGUGAAACUGUGAUACUAGAGGGGUUAAGAGUGUGUCCAAGUGAAAGGGGCUGUGGUCUGGCUGGAGUGAUCCAGACAUUUGUUGAUGGCUACAUAAAGAAGGUCUAUCCCAAUGUGAAGACCAAACGCCUCACCAGAGGAGAUGACCCAGGGCCUGAAAAACUGAGCAAGUUCACACUGCUGGCCAGACGGGCUAUUCUCUCUCUGUUGGGGAAUUCUGAGGGUUUUGAUAGCUUUGUCUCAGGACUGAAGGAAAAAUUGCUUGCGUCAGAUGGGUCCAACAGCAGCCGUCCUUUAGUGCCAGUAAAGGACUUGGAUGCUCUCAAGGCCCUUCUCUUGGAUUCAGACCUGGCUUCCAGACUCCAGCUUCCAGGGAAUGCUAUUAUCCAGGACUGGCAGCCCUUGAAACUCAUGGAGAGUAACCUUCAUGUCUUGGCAAGGCGAAACUUGACAUGGUUUGUAGAUGGUUCUGGUGCGAAACCUCUGUUCAUGAGCUUCCACACACCUCCCUAUCCUAUUCCAUUUAACGGAGGGUCUCUACGUUUUAAUAUCGACUUGUACGGGACAGACACUUCUUUAGCAAAGAAAGCAUUAACAGCUCAUCUGGAUAGUGUGAUAAGUCAGAUUCAAGGAGUAGUUGUGGUUCAUAUUUAUAUGCAUCAGACUCUAUGGGACGAUUUAAAGCAGUUUUGUGAUGGCCAUGACACAGUGAAGCAGCUCAAGAAUUACUGGAAGCAGCUGUUAUUGGAAAGAGAGUUAUAAUGAUAUUGUUGAAGCUGCCUGAUAUAAAGAAAAAAAGGUGAUUGAUUUGGUAUUGACCAUAAUGGGGUUGUCAGCUUCAUUUAAACAAAGUAUUUGUUCAGCACAUUAAAUCAGUUAGUCAAGUUAUUGUAUAACAAUAUUGUAACAGGUUCGGUGAACUCAUUACAAUAACGGGUGCUGAUGUAUUUGUUCCUCCAUGCUUUCUGAGUACAGGAUGAUUUAAGAAUUUAAUGUUUAAAAAGUACUUCAAGCUGAUUGCUUUGUGACAUUUAUAAUACACUACUAAUACACUUGGAAUUUUAAUUGUAAUUUUUUAAAAUUGAAGUCUCAUAAAAUAAAAACAGUAAUAUUGUGAAAUGUUA